AUAACUAAAAAUAACAACAAAUCUAAUAAAUAAUUCAACAAACAUUAAUUAAACGCUUAAAACAAAGCGUUUUUUUUUUAAAAAAAACAUUACCGUCGGUCUAACAACAAUUUUCAAAACUCCAGCCAUAAAAAAUGUGUCGCUGCUGUCAAAAUUGCUGGGAAGAUUUCUAUUGGAAUUGUUUUGAGGAAAAAUUUUGUUACGAUGAAUCUAUUGCCAAUUACAAUCCCGAUGAUGAUGAGCAAUAUAUCGCAUCACAAAAAAAUGGCAAUGUCUUGGGACGCAUACAGCCAGCGGACAACAAUAAUUUAACCUUACCACAAAUCAUAGUCGAUCAACCGCUAAGAAGGGGAAACUCAUCUGCAUUAUUCAGUAAUGGCAAAAUUGACGAAGAAGUCUAUAGACGUGAAACCCAAACAAAUGUACCCAUGCUGGGACCCGAAAUCCUGGCCGUAUUUGCAAAUUCACAAAUAUUCCAGGAUCAUCAGCCGACAAAGUUGAAUCGCAUUAAUACCAAGGUGAAUUUGGCGGGCAUACACUCGCCCAAACGAGAGAUACCCACAACGCCCAGAGAAAGCGAUCAGGAUCGUUUGCUGCGACGUUUGGAAGCUAACUUAAAUGGCGACACCUUGGAUUCUCCCAAAAUAACAGACGAUUCAACAAAGACCGCUAGCGAGGCCAGUAAUGUUACUUCACCCGAUAAACGUAUAACCUUUACUCUAAGCUCCGAUUCUUCACCCGAGGGCAGUCAAUCGUUGUCACCCAAAAAAUUCGAUGCCAUAGCCGAAGAAGAAAACACUAACACAGAUGCUGAAGUAGAUGAGGUGAUAUUGAGACCUCGCCUAAUCGACAGACAUCCACAUCUUUUGCCCAGUGCAGCAUUAGGUUCUACACCACGCAAAAUCUUGCGCAGUGCUAAGAGUGUGCCACACUUUAAUGUCCGUUCGGCAGCCAGUGAAACAGAUAUUUUCUCUAUAACGGGCUCUGGUAAUACCAGUAUCAGCAUGACACCCGAAGUACCAUCCAUAUCGUUUAGUAAUUUACCCAAAAAUUACGAAGACACUCCCACCAUUGAGAAGUAUAGAGUGUCGCAGAGUUUAUAUUCCAUACAGACGGCAAAUGCGGCCAAACUUAAUUCCCAUGACUAUUCUAUGCCCAGAUAUUUCCGUAAAUCGGCUAUGAUUUCCCAAAGUACCGAAAUAUUGUCAAGUGGUGCUGUUACGCCUACCAGCUCGUCAUCGCGCGAAGAUGUUCGUAGACCUGAGAAGGAGAAAAGCAAGCGUUUGCAAAUGUUGAGAGGCGCUUUGCCACCACUUCUAAUACACUCGGUUUCAUUCCGUAAGACUAGAGAUGAAAGCAAGCAAGUGGAUUAAGGCCGAUUUUUUUAUUAUUUCACAUAAUUUCUGCUUUGCAUUGUACAGUUUUGGCCCAUAACAGUAUAUUUUUUAUUUUGUUUUAAAAUGUAAAUAAGUUUGUUAAAUUUCUUUAUUUAUCCCUGAUUUUAAGUAAAUUAUGUACUUAUGCUUUUCUUUUUUUGCUUUUUGAUAAUAGUUUUAAGCUUAUUUUUGAAAACACACAAAAGAAAAUCCCAGUAUUUAGAAAACACUUGUAUAUCAUAUGUUUAUAUUGUAUAUUUUAAUAAAAAAAUAAUAAUAAAUUAAUUUUAAAUAUUUAAUAAAAAAUCAAAAA